AUGUCUAGCUCCGAGACUCGCUCAGACUCUGCCUCCCCCGCCAAGGAGAAGUCCCUGUUGGCUCAAGUGGAGUCUUACAUAAAGAGACUUAUGAAGGGGAUUCCGGUAAUUCUCCGUGUCGAACAUGAUGAUGGCGAUUCCGACGACGAGCCCGUCACCAAGUCAGCUAUCUGCACUGGGAUCCUCAACCGCAACCUCGACUCGGUCAAAUUCACCCCCUUGAAAGAAGAGGCAACAACGGAUGACAGCAAAGAACCUGGUAUUGUGAUUGAACUCCAGGAUGUUGAGAAGGUCAUCUGUCUCAAUGAGAAUCAUCCCUCUGUCGUCCUCGUCAUCCCUAAGUAUGAUCGUUACGUCGAGAUCGUCAGCAGCGGUGUGGAAGACUUUAAAGCAUGGUACGCUACACUGCGUAUGCUCUGUCCGGAGGAGGGUGAAGACGACUCGUCUAUCACGGACGACAGUGGAGAUGCUUCUUCUGAUAGUUAUGAGGCCUCUUCUCCAGAACUGUCUGCUAAGGCUCGCAGGGCUAUGAUGAAGGUCACUGAAUCUAUGUGGGAUCACUGUGAAAUGUCAACAGGCAUGUGUCGUGCCCCUAAGGUUAAUGCUCUUAAGCAGAUCAUCACUAGUCAAGGAAGACUUAUCGAUGCCCUCCGCCGGGAUAGGGAUCGCAUGCAGGUUUUGGAGGUGCAAAACCGUGACCUUGUCCGCGUCUUGAAAGAGCGCGAGGUCAGCUUGGACGAGCUGAUGGGCGUCUGUCAGCGUUUGAUGGAUCAGCAAGGCAAAUGGGUGAACAUCCACCUCGAGCGGAAUGCGGUCGUGCUGAAUCCUCCUAAGCCUUCAUCCAGCGGUAAGGCCCCUCUGGCUCUGCCCGCAGUACCUCACGCCCCCGGCUCAGAGAAGGGUGAAUCUAAGCGUCCCGUCUUCGCACCGAAGCCACGCGAGGUGUCAGUUGGGCAGGAUAGCGGAACUGAUGACGACUCGUCUGGAGUUGAUGUCGCUGAUCUCGAUAACAGUGAGUUGGAUGUUCUUAUGUCGUAUUUGGACGAUAAGCUAAUGAUGCUGAAGAAGAUAGGGAGGGAGAUUGGCUCUUUCUCUCCGAAGGACGAUAAGGACGGUGACGACUCUGACGAGGAAGAUGCAAGGGUAGACGCUACGCUCGAGAAUGUGGUUGCUGAAGAAGCCGAGAUCACUAAGCUCCAGGACGAGUUGAGCUCGCUUCAGAAGCAGAAAAUCGCAGUGAGGCACUUGGCCAAAAAUGCGGGAUAA